CGACAGCUGAGUGAGCGGCGGAGACGACACGGAGAGAGUAUCCGGCUGUCUGUCACCUCCACAGCUUCACCCAGCCAGCCACUCAUCAUGUCGUUUAUUCUUAUUAAAAAAAAGAGAUUCAAAUUUAAGGUGGACUUCGAGUUGGAGGAAUUGUCGUCGGUUCCCUUUGUAAACGGAGUUUUAUUUUGUAAAGUCAGGCUUCUGGAUGGAGGCUUUGCUGAAGAGUCAUCUCGGGAGCCCGUCCAAGCCAACUGUGUGUACUGGAGGAAGAAAUUCUCUUUCAUGUGUAAGAUGAGUGCCAACGCCGGGACAGGUGUGCUAGACCCCUGUGUGUGCCGGGUGUCGGUGCGCAAGGAACUGAAGGGUGGAAAAACAUAUGCAAAGCUGGGCUUUGCUGACUUGAACCUGUCAGAGUUUGCUGGGUCUGGCAACACGAUACGACGUUGUCUCCUGGAGGGGUAUGACACAAAGAACACCAGACAGGAUAACUCAAUUCUUAAGGUUGUCAUCACCACGCAGCUUAUGUCUGGAGAUCCCUGUUUUAAAACUCCCCCAUCUACAGCCAUGACUCUGGGGAUCCCACAAGCAAACGCAGAGUGUCUCCUUGAGGGGAGAAAAGGAGGAGACAUGCAUGUAUCACACUUAGUCCCUGAUACUGCUGGAAAGUCGGUAUCAGUGCCAGAGGAGCUGGUAACAUUUGGUCACUCUCGAACACCCAGUUACGCAAGUCAGUUGUCCAAAAUUUCAGGUUACAGCUCAAACAACUCCAGUUUAACAAAUCUGAGUCAUCGGCGGAGCGGGUCAGGAGGGUCUGCCUCUACGGGCAUUGGCAGCAUCCUCGACUCCGGUGAUCAGCAGGGGGAGAGAGGAGAGAGGGAGAGCAAAACCACUCCCCCAGUCUCUGCAACAUACCAUCAUACAUUUGAAAGCCCCUCCAUACCUGUCAAGGCCCAAAGACACCCAGUCAAGCAGAACUCUAUGGAGAAUCAGCUGAAAAGAGUCGAUGCCACCAGGGUGGAUGCUGAUGACAUAAUUGAGAAAAUCCUCCAGAGCCAGGAUUUCAGCCAUGGUUUCUUGGAUUCCAGUGCAGAGGAGGAGGGGCUCAGCUUGUUUGUUGGUCCUGGAGGAAGUACAGCCUUGGGAAGCCAGCACAUGAGGGUCACAACUGGAGCCUUUGAGCAGGUGGUCAUCAAGCGCUAGGCUUUGGAAAGCAUGUGGCUCUCACAAAGGGUGCUAUAUUAUUCUGAUGCAGGGGCCACAUGGCUGAAUUGGAUUUACUAUCAGAACUUGCUCCAUCUAAUUCCAAGGGAGAUCUAAUUUCUCUUAUGCAAUCGCUCUCCAGCUGAUCUGCAGCAGUCUUUUAGCCAGGACAGCCCUCUAGUGUUCAAGAAGUGGAGGUGAAGGCCACAUUAUUGAAACAUUUUGUGGGCUGAGAUGGCUGGUGUACUGAUCUUCCUGUCCUCUUGUGGUCUUUGGAAAAAGUAAGACAUGCUGUAAGUCUUCUGCUUACUCCUCUUGGUGACAUUUGCUUGCCAAGGUGUUCAUUUAAAAAGUGCUUAAGAUAAUUACACAUGUCCAUUGAACCUUUUUGGGAUGGCUGUGAUUUUUGAAGUGAGGAGCCAUAAUGUCUGCUGUAUCAAGGGGUUUGUUUUAGUGUUUAAGCUGCAAAAACAAAAGUGGGUUGUGGAAGAAUUAUUGCAACUGACAGUGGGUUAAAGAGGGUUUCUCCUUUUUCUCUGUUUUUUUUUUUAAUUAUUUAAUUUAAUUUUUUUAAACAGAGAAUGGUAAACUUCUGGCAUCUGUGAGCAGGAUUUUAUCUAAAUGUAGAAUCCCAGGUAAUCUCUCCCUCUGGUAGCUCAAAGUAUUGUAAAACUGACAAUGAGUAAAUUAUUUAUUAUGGUUACAGUAGCAUUUUAUUUUAAUAGUUCAUGCUCAAUACAGAUUAACACCUCUCCUCACCUGGUUGUGAAGGAGAGUUACUGCAUUAAAAUGCUGAUGUUUAUACAGUUAAUUGUGUGUGGAUGAUAAUUUAAUAAUAUUUUUUUAAUUGCAGAAACCAAAUUAAAGGUGUACAAUGUUUAAUGUUUAAUUGUUUGCUGCCAAAUAUACAUCUUAAAACAUCAUCUGUUGCCAGUAUGCCACUCUGACAACCCACUGAUAAUUUAUAUGUACAUAUCUGUUUAUAUAGAUUAAUUUUAUGUCCAUUUAGUCCAGUGUGUUGACAUUUUCCUGUAUUCAUUACCAACUUUUUUUUCUUUUUUAAUAAAAAUUUAACUCUG